UCUCCAAGGCACCAUGGCGACAGUAAGGGAGCUGAGUGCGGCCUAUGUCAACAAUUCACUCAGCAACGAUUUGAACAUGGUCAACGUUAAACUGGACAGUGUGAACAAGAAGGUGGAUCGACUGCUACUGGGACAGGAGAGGCUCCUGAAGCAACUGGAGCAGCUGUCCCAGGACACGGCAAGUCUGGAGAAGGAGGUAGAUGGGAUAAAGUCAGGACAGAGAGCACAAAGACCAGAGGACAGUUGCUGUAUCUGUAAGAAUCUCCAUCAGGACAUAUCUCAAAUGCUGCUCACACUGGGCAAAAUGUACAAGCAAAAUGAUGAGAGGAUGGGAUCCCUGGAGAGUUCGCUAGCACAGAUUACAGAGAGGUUCCAGAAAUUUGAAAACUCAUCUGGUCUCAGUGACUCACAAGUGGACAGGACAGAGAGGCAACUGGAAUCAGCUGCUCGGAGGCUUAGCGAGCAAGCAGGAACUGAGGCCAGUGAUGCAGAAGCAGCAACGGAACUAUCCGAUGAUAAAGAUACAUUGACUCAAAAGGAGAGCUUAAAACUGAUCGAUAAAGCAAGAAAAAAGGAAGGUGAAGUGAGGGAUGAUUUGACAGAACAGAAUCACAUGACUGAAGGAAAGGGGGUUUCAGGAAGUAAAGAGGCCUCAUUGCUACAGGAAGCAGAGCAGCCACCUGGAGCACAGAAGUGGAACCUUCACCAGAUGUAUGGUGGACAUACUCUUCAGGUUCCAGGCCACCCUGCAGCAAGCAGUACAGAGAAACCCAUCCACAUGAAAAUUGAUCCCGCUGGUGAUCUGGAAGAGGGAAGGCUGGGGUCGGGCCCAGCCCAUGAGCAGGUUGGAAGAAUGGCUGAUGAAUCAGAUGGGGAUGCACUGACUCGCGGUGAAGAUGGAUCCAGCAUAGGCAUGGGAUCAAGCUCCUCACAGGAAGUAUCUCCAGUAUCAUCCUUACAGCAUGAUAGCAGCUGUGAGGAGAUGGAAGCCAGGAGUGUAAGGUCAAUAGCAGUCAGCACAGACAGACAACCAGAGGACAGCAGCCUUUCCGCCAGUAAGCCUGGACAGCGUGCCCAGGCCUCAGGGACAGAACCAGCGGGGGCUUCACAGAGUCACGACAUGAAGUUCUCUGAUUUAAAUCCCAAAUUUACCACCACGUCCCUGGAUGAACCUGCAGAUUUGGGGGACAGAUCCUGUGAAGACCCCAAAGAUCGAGCAAAUAAAGGAAUGCUGGAGGAUGACUUCUCUGAGCACGGAGGAGAAACCUCAAACCAUGAUGAGUGUGCAGAGAGCGAGAACAAAGUGCCAAGGCUGGGCACAGCAGCAUUGAUCCAGGAGGAGAGCGCUGUACUGCAGGCCAGCACUGGCAAAGAGAGCUGCAUCAAAGUGAUCGAGGACAGACCCCCACUUCCGGCUCCAUUUGAGCAUCGAUUUGUAUCAUUCCAAAAAGUGCCCGUGAGCGGCCUGUACAAGUUCAACCCGAAGGAGGUGCUCGGAGGGUAA